AAUUGUCAUUGACUCUACUGUCUGCUGCAAUACUAUGCGAAACCAUUCUGUGAUUAAUCAUUAACGAAAUCUGCCGUAUAAAUGUCAGUUUGCAGUGCAAAUUAAGUCAAAUACGACACUUCCACAAGCAAAUCUAUCUGUAGUAUUUGUGUGUCGACCAAUCAGAGACGGCGUAACAUGGCGUGCUAGUCUUAGCGAGAUGUACACUCUAUGUGACCAAAGCGACCCGAACUUGACAAAAAUCGCCUAUAGAUGAAGUUUGGCGCUUUACAGUAACCAGAGGAUUCGCUAUGCAUGUCCUGUCUGACCACUAUGGGAGGCUACUGCCUGUGACCACCCAGCAGGCCAGUGUCCGUCCCUUGUGAAGGGAGCAAUUAUGGCGGAUUACCAACUCCUGGGGAGUGACACUGGUUAUGGCCAGGGUACCAUGGAUGACCCGAGUACCCUGUACGAAGCAUCUCAGGAUCUCAUGUCUCCGCUACUGGGAACAGGUGCUACAACAGCCCUGGGACAGUCUCCGUCUACUCAGCAAACGUCUCAAAUGGGCAGCUACUCCCAGAUGCAUCCGGGAUACCAACCCCAGGCUGACGUGUCUCAGAAGAUGCAACAGCAUUACUUGGGAUAUGGAGGUGCUUCGGCCCAUAUGACGGGAGUUGGGGCAGAGUAUGGGACACGUGGAAUGCACGUUGUUGGAGAUGCGUCCCAGCAGCAAUCAAUGAUGGGCUACCAGAGGAUCCAGUCAGCAGAUCAGUAUCAGUAUGGGGGCAUGGCAACAGCUGGCCAGAGGAUGUUGGGUGAAGCUUGGCGAGGACAUUACACCAACUCUGGAGCCCAACAAAGCAGCUAUUCAGCAGCAGACGGUGCUUCCACUAUGGGCAGUAUAGCCCCUCAACAUCAUCGUGCAGCACAAAGUCAAUACAGUCAGGAUUAUCCCAUGCACGUGCCUCAGCAACAUGGAUCUCCUCAGCGGCCACUUUAUGCUACACAAGGCAAUGGUCCCCAUGCAGCUCAGUUGGCCGCUGCGAAACCACAGCACAUUCCGGAGCAGGGCAUGGCGUCCUACCCUCAGACAACCUACCCAUCCCCUAGCCGUGCGGCAUAUGCCUCGGCUGCAAGAGCUGGGCAGCGCUACCCUGGACAAGGUGCCACAAUGCAGGCUGGCAGCCCAGUAAGGAUGCAGUAUCCUCAAUCUGCGUACUCUCCAGGGUAUCCUGCUGCUGCAACAAGCCCAUCACACUUGUCUCCAUACCCAACGCAGCAGGCUCCCAACAGCCCCCAGUACAGAGGCUCUUACCCAUCGCCUCGGAGACCUACCCCAACACCACCCGGGGGAUCUCCAAUGCCAGCAACAAGCCAACCAUCGUCUCAAGGUGGCUACCCAAGUCCAGGAGCAACCCACCUAUCUAGUCCUGGCCAGGUUCUAUCACCUGGCGGUGGCACUGCUCCUGCAAGCAGUCUUCAACAACUAGAACAGAUGGUGAUGCCUCACACACCUGCUAAAGCUCCUCCCACUGGGACUCCAAGCCCUGCCAGCAAUUAUUAUUCUGGCCCACAGGCACAGGCACAACCCUACAACCAACAGAAUCUUGGCUAUACUGCCUUGGGGAUACCGCAGGCAGCCCAAAUACAGCAUCACCCGUAUCCGUCACAAAUGGCUGCUCCUUCUGGUAUGAGCCAUCAGGGGGCUUCAUCAGGUAUGGUGCAGAGGACACGUCAGCCUAUGACAUCUACUUCGGCAAUGUCUGUGAUGUCAGACUCCCCUUACGACACGUCAGCUGUUUCGGGUGUGAUGACUGCCAGAGGGGACGGGGGCUAUUCCCUGGGAGCCAUGCAGAGGGGCCUGGCUACCUCACCUUAUCACACUUCUGGGGCAUCACCUGCAUACCAGCAACCUGUAGGGUCCCUCACUUACGAGCAAGCUCAACAGCAGUUGCAGCACCUGUACAGCAUUCCACAAACGGCACAAACCCAAAAAAGGAUCUCCGAGCUGCAGGACCGGCUGCGCUCGCUACAGCAGCAACCCUCUUCUUCUGUGCCAGUUGCUGUUCCUUCUGUGGCAGUUCCUGCUAGUUCUUCGUCUGCUGUGGGCAGUAGCAGUAUGGGAGCCAUGACUUCCCCUCCUGGCACUUCCCUUGGUCACAUCCAGUCUUCACCUGGGUUGGGUGGAGCCUACUCAAGUCCAGCCUCUCAGUACUCUCAAACAGGGCCUUCUGUUGGCAGUACUGCAGUAUCCUCUGCUCCAACGUCUGUAUCUUAUACACAACAGUCUAUGGGGACAUUAUCUUCGCAACAUGCAAUGCAGCAGCAGGUACCACAGCUUCCUCCAUAUGGACCUCAGGCUCAGCAGCAGUUAAUGCAAAAUGCACAGCUCCAGGCUCCAUUGCUGCAAUCACCACAUAAACAGCAUGCUAUUGGGCAGCAGUGUGAACUGGGACUUCCCAGCACUCUACCUCCAGCCACUGGAGGGGCGGUGCCUCCCACUGGUCCCGCCCCUCCUCCUCCUUCAAUGUCUGCCCAAGCCCCAUCAAGUAUGGAUGCACAGAACUUGACACAGUCAAGCAUAACCUCAUCAAGCUUGACGUCAUCAAGUAUGGCUCCAACAGUCUCAAGCGUGCCUGCAAGUAGUAUGACUCAGUCGAUUAUGGGCCCCUCUAAUGUGGUUCCGUCGAGUAUUAUAUCAUCAGACUUGACACAGUCCACCAUGGUUUCAUCAACCUUAGCUACACCCAAUAUGACGUCGUCCAGCAUGGCACCGUCAAAUAUGACCCCUUCCCUGUACUCCAGCAUACCUGACAGUUACAGAACAUCCAAUCAGCCACCUUCAUUGAUGGUAGAUCCGGACAUGCAGAACUCCCUACCUCCUCUUCCUAUGGCUGGGGUGCCCAGUGUUGUUCCUGCUUCUGUGGAUGACAUGUGCCUAGGGCCACCCACUCCAGUUGGUGCAUCACCUUUGGGGCCAUCACACAUGGACCCGGGGGGACCUCCGUACCCACCAUGUCCUCUUCCCCCCGAACCACCACCUGUAGAUCCCUACAUGCUACCUCCUGAUGAUGUGCUGCCCCCUAUCGAGCCCAUGGUCAAGAGGGGCAAGGGGUCCAGGGGGAAGAAGAAAAAAGGAACACCCAUGAUGACAGAAGGGGAUGUCCGGCAGCCACAUCUUGGAAUGGGGUCUCCCAUUGAUGGAGGCAUGAUGCCUGGUCCAGAGUUCAUGAUGCCUUCUGAUGGCUGUUCGGCCAUGCCCCCGAUGUUGGGUUCGUCGGUAAUGGUGGGAGCUCCACCUUUGGGCAUGGAUGAGUGUAUGCUGCUUCCUGCAGUCAAAAAGCCGAAAAAGCGUAAACCCAAAGAGCUCAAAGAUUCAGAAUCUCCAAAAGAGCCUAAACCGAAGAAGCCGAAAAAACCCAAAGAGCCUAAAGAGCCAAAGCCACCUAAGCCACCAAAACCACCCAAGGCUCCUAAGGAGGGUGGUCGAGUGCGGAAGAGCAAAGCUGCCAAGGCUGCAUCUGCAAAUAAUGGCGAGGCACCCCCUGCCUUACCUCAGGGAGAUGGGGCACCACCAGCUACAAUAGGGGAAGGUGGAACAUUGCUUGGUCCACCAGCUGAUGGUGAGGAGGGCCAAGCACCGGUUGAUGAUUCUACAGGCCCUGUAUCUAGUGAUGGUAAGACUCCCAAGAAAAAGUCUGAAAAGAAGAAAGAAAAGAAAGAGCCCAAGACACCCAAAGAUGGAGUGCCUAAGCCCAAGGCACCGAAGAAAAAGCUGCCAAGGUUAUCACUCAAGUUCAGCAAGAAGAAGAAAGCCAAGAGACUUGGGUCAUCAGAUCAAUCAGACAUAGAAGGCACUCCACCUCCUUCUCCGGUGGACGGGGAAGGGGUGCAGAAACGUCGGUCCUCACGCAACACACACCGCAAGAAAUACACGGACGACAUCGAGCUGCAGUUCAGUGGGGAUGAAGCACUUAUGGAUGUGGAUCAACAGGGAGCAAGGCUUGCUCUUCGUGGUCAGGAGAACAAGAACGUGCAGGUUCUCGUGAACGUUAUAACUGAAGACACUAUGGUUGUGGAAAAGGUCCUAGCAUCGAGGAUGGCAACAAGAAAAUCGGAAGAUGAGGAUGGAGAGGCUGUUGAUGUAGAAGAAUUCUUUGUAAAAUACAAAAACCUGUCAUACAUACACUGUGACUGGAAGACGUUGGAUGAACUUGAAGCAACGGACAAACGGGUCCUACAGAAGGUGAAACGUUUCCGCCAAAAGAGGGACAACAUCGCCUCUAUUUUUGACUUCCUGGAAGAUGAGCCCUUCAAUCCAGAAUAUGUAGAGGUUGAUCGGAUACUGGACAUGACUGAAACGGUAGAUCCACUAGAUGAUGAUGACGUACCACUAAAUGAAGGGCCAGCUGAGCGAAUGGCAGAAGAGGAAAAUGCAGGCCAGGUCAGUAUGGGUCAAGAAAAUGAAGCCCUCAAGUUCUGUGACGGGGAAAACACCAAGCUUGAAGAACCUUGCGAAGAUUUGUCUGGUGAUAAAUCUACAAGAGGAGACCCCAUGGAGGUGGGUGAACCUCCACUCUCUGGAGAAACAGUCAAAAAAGAAGACAAUGAAGGUGAAGAACAAGGCCUGUUGAUGGUGAAGAAAGAAGAGAGUGAUGAAACAAAGAAUUUGGUGGUGGAUGAGUUAAAUGGUGAAGUGAAGCCUGCAGUUAUUGAAAUCAAGAAGGAGAAUGAAGAUGCAGAAAAGAAUGUCGAGCCUGCAGCUGAAAAGGGCAAGCCACGGACUAAAGUUAGUCGGCACUACUUGGUCAAGUGGCGGGGGCUGUCAUAUGAAGAGAGUACCUGGGAAUUGGAGGAGGAUGUGGAUAGGCUCAAGAUAGAGCAUUUCCUUCGAUUUAAAGAUCUUCCCCCAAAGGAGAAAUGGAAGGUGAAGAAACGCCCCAAACCAGCAGAAUGGAAGAAGCUGGAAGAAUCUCCAGUCUACAGAGGUGGAAACACUUUAAGAGAGUAUCAACUGGAAGGGCUAAGCUGGCUCACCUUCUGCUGGUACAAUGGCCAAAACUGCAUCCUAGCCGAUGAAAUGGGCUUGGGAAAGACCAUACAAUCUUUGACAUACGUCAAUGAAAUAGUGAAAUACGGAAUUGGGGGACCAUUCCUUGUCAUUGCCCCUCUAUCAACCAUCGGAAACUGGCAACGGGAAUUCGAGACAUGGACAGACCUUAACGUCAUCACUUACCAUGGAUCGUCUGCGAGUCGCAAUAUGAUCCAGGAAUACGAGAUGUACUACAAGGAUGAAAAUGGACAACGUGUCACAGAUGUGUACAAGUUCCAAGUCAUGAUAACAACAUUUGAAAUAGUACUGAGCGACUGCAUGGAGCUGGUGGCAAUUCCAUGGCGGGCAUGUGUCAUUGACGAGGCGCACCGUCUCAAGAAUCGUAAUUGCAAGUUGCUGGAAGGCUUGCGUAUGCUCAAUAUUGAGCACAGUGUGCUGCUGACUGGGACACCGCUGCAGAACAAUGUGGAAGAGCUGUUCAGUCUUCUUAACUUCCUGGAACCAGCCCGCUUUAACUCUACCGAGACAUUCAUGGAAGAAUUUGGAGACCUGAAGACUGAGGGUCAAGUGGAUAAACUCAAGGCUCUUCUGAAACCGAUGAUGUUACGCCGUCUUAAAGAAGAUGUGGAGAAAAGUCUCGCUCCUAAAGAAGAGACAAUUGUUGAGGUGGAAUUGACGAACAUCCAGAAGAAAUACUAUAGAGCCAUACUUGAACGCAACUUUGCCUUUCUGACGAAAGGGGGAGUGGGCACAAAUGUUCCAAACCUCAUGAAUACAAUGAUGGAACUACGAAAGUGCUGCAUUCACCCUUACCUCAUCAAAGGAGCAGAGGAGCAGAUCCUGCAGGAGUACAGAGUACAACAUGGGGAUUCUCUGACGCUCGCUUUGAAUGCACUAGUUCAGGCCUCUGGGAAAUUAGUGCUCCUGGACAAACUAUUACCGAGACUCAAGGAAGGUGGCCACAGGGUACUGGUCUUUUCCCAAAUGGUGCGCUGUCUAGACCUGCUUGAAGACUAUCUUGUACAUAAGAGGUACCCAUAUGAAAGGAUUGAUGGCAGGGUCCGGGGCAACCUUCGACAAGCAGCUAUUGACCGUUACUGCAAGCCAGACUCUGACCGCUUUGUGUUCCUGCUAUGCACUCGGGCAGGAGGUUUGGGUAUUAACCUGACAGCAGCUGACACCGUCGUCAUCUUUGACUCUGACUGGAAUCCACAAAAUGAUCUGCAAGCGCAAGCAAGAUGCCACCGCAUAGGACAGUCAAAGGCUGUGAAGGUGUAUCGCCUCAUAUGCCGCAACACAUACGAACGAGAGAUGUUCGACAAGGCCAGUCUGAAGCUUGGUCUAGACAGGGCUGUGUUGCAGUCCAUGAAUGCUCAGAAGGAGAAUAUUGGAAUGAAUCAGCAACUUACAAAACAAGAAAUAGAAGACCUUCUACGUAAGGGAGCCUACGGUGCCCUCAUGGAUGAUGAUGCUGAAGGGGAGACCUUUUGUGAAGAAGACAUUGACCAGAUCCUUUUACGGCGCACUCACACAAUUACGCUAGAGUCAGAAGGAAAAGGCUCCACUUUCUCGAAGGCUUCCUUCACUGCUUCUUCCACUCGUAGUGACAUUGAUGUGGAUGAUCCAAAUUUCUGGGAGAAAUGGGCGAAGAAAGCAAACUUGGAUGUUGAUGAGCUCAAGAGCAGGAAUGACUUGAUACUGCAAGAGCCGAGACGGCGCACACAAACUAAGCGGUUUGGCACAGAUGACCAUAUGUUGGAUCUAUCGGAGUUAGAGUCGAGUGAUGAUGACGAAGAUGGAUCUGGGAUGCGCACCCGUACAGGAAGUAGACACCGGAAUAAGCUCCGUGACUCCCCUUGCUCAUUGGGCAGCCGAAUACGCCGAGGUGGUCGAGGUCGCUACUUCAAUGAUGAUGAUUUCCUGGGAGAGCUUGCACCAGGCAAUUGGACACGCACAGAGUGUUUUCAAGUGGAAAAGGGUCUGCUAACGUUUGGGUGGGGUCGUUGGAAGGAGUCAAUUGCCAUUGGCUUGUGGAGGAGACGUGUGACGGUGAAAGAUGUUGAAGAGAUAUCCAGAGUCGUGUUGCUUUAUUGUUUGCGGCAUUACAAAGGUGACGAAAAGAUAAAAGGAUUUAUAUGGGAUCUUAUUGCACCUACUGAAGAUGGUGAAACCAAAAUACACAAGAAUCAUUCUGGUCUCUCUGCACCUGUGCCUCGUGGCCGUAAGGGAAAGAAGCUGAAGCAAAAUGGUAAGGGGGAGCCAGACUCACCGGACAUGUUGGCCGACUGGGCACGAGAUGACCAGUACAACCCAGAUAUCUUGCUCAAUGACGACGGGUAUCGGAAACACCUUCACCGGCAUGCAAAUAAGGUUCUUCUACGAGUUCGUCUUCUAUACUACUUGAAGCACGAGAUAAUUGGUGAACUGCACCAGCAAGUCGUAGCUGGUGUGCCAGCUAGGGAUAUUCCAAUUCCCCCUCCCACUGCUGAUGGAGAACCUCCAGCUCCGUGGUGGGACGAGGAGGCCGACAAAUCGCUCCUUGUUGGGGUCUACAAACAUGGUUACGAAAGGUUUAACCUCAUGCGUCAAGACCACACGCUCUGUUUUCUGUCUCGCUGUGGUCCACCAGAUGGAGCAGCCCUCUUAGCUGAGAUGACUGCAAACCCAGAAGAUCUGGAAGAUAAACGUGAUGAAAACAAAAAAGACAUGGAUGAUGACGAACCAAUGUCACCAGAGCCAUCCACAUCAGUAGACACGAAGACAGACGUAGCGGAUGCUUCCAAUGCUUCUAAUGUGCCGAAGCCACCUUCUUCCCAAUCUCUUAUGCCUCCAGCCCUUGUGGCACCUGCAGGUGAAACAGGCACCCUGGAGUUUCCGACACCAUCUGACCUUAAUACCCGUCUUAGACGUAUCAUCACCAUGUACCAGCGGAACCACAAGAAGCGUGAGCUCAUCAAUGCUCAGAGGGCCAGGAACACAGCCUAUCAGAUGUUAACCACUAUUCAGGUGGAGGGUUUUAACUUUGUCAAUAGAAUGGAACGAAGGGAAAAGUUCGAGGCCGCCAUACGUGAGCGUGAGAUCAGGAGAAUGGAAACACAACAGAGGUGGUCUCGCCGAGAGGAAGCCGAAUUUUACCGUGCCAUUUCAUGCUAUGGUGUGGACUAUGACCGCACAUCACGAAGCUUUGUAUGGGACGGUUUUCGUACAGUUGGACGCUUGGAGCGCAAGCGGGAUGACACCCUCACAGAGUACUUCAGGGCUUUCCGCGCCAUGUGCCGCCGUGUCUGUGGACGAAAGCUCACCGAGGAGGAUGAUAACCUUCAGUAUAUUGUGGAGCCCAUUUCCGAAGAACGCGCAACGCGGUGCUUGCAACGGAUAGAGUUGCUGAGCAAGAUACGUGAGGAAGUACUGCCGCACCGAGAGCUGGAUGAGCGCCUGAAACUUUGCCAACCCUCUAUGGACCUGCCUGAAUGGUGGAUUUGUGGCAGACAUGAUAAAGACUUGCUUAUAGGCGCUGCCAAGUAUGGCUUGAGCAGGAUGGACUACCAUCUCCUAAAUGACUCAGAACUGUCGUUUCGUGAUAUGGUGCAUCUGCAAGCUGCAGCAAGACCACCUAUCCCUACUAGGAGUCAAAUAUCUACAUCAGGAGAUGCAGCAUCCCAGAUGUCUCAGUCCUUUACGGAAGAUGACAGAGAGAGACUCUCAAAGGAGAUUCCUAAUCUGAUCAAAGAAGAGAUUGUUGUUCCUCCGCCUCCAGCUGAAACACCCAGAACUGAAACCUCUGAAACCUCAGAAGACUUAGUAGCUGACCUACCUAAAGAUCCCGUAGGCACUGUGUCAUCCGAGACCACUGAAGUGGACGCUGCAGAAGAAAGAAUGGAAGAUGCUGUGGAAUGUACAGUUGAUGAUACAAAGGACCUUCCUGAGAAGACUGAAGAGUCACUGGUUGUUGAAGAGGAAAUGAAGUAUGAAAAUACCAAGGAUAAUAAAAAGCCAGAAGAGACAACUGAGAAUAGGAUAUCUGCUCUUGAUGGUGAAUUUGAAAUGGAGAAAUUUGAAGAGUCUAGAACACAGUCACAUGUGGGGGACAAGAAAGAGGCAACAAAUUCUGGUGUUCAAGAACUGGACGACACUCAACCAUCAGUGACUGAGCAACAAAGCAAGGAAAAUGUGACUCCAGACGUUGCGCAGAAAAAGAGCCUGUCUUUAGAUGCCACUUUGGCCAUGCCAGGCGCUUCGGAGGUCAAGGACACUUCACAACAGCUUACCAGUGAGGAUGAUGGCAACAAGACUGACGUGGAGAAGACAGAGCAGGAUCCUGGAGACCUGCUGGCCGCCAUGGGAAAGGCAUCUAGAAUGCUGUCUGGUGCACAUACAGAAGAAUCUCAGGAAACAGGUUCCCAGCAGGAUGAGGCACUCAGCCAAGAGAGCUUCCUUCUCGACGGAGAAGGCAACAUGGACACGCAAGUCAUUCCACCUGGUCCAUACUUGCCUCAUUUUAGUAGGAACCCAGUGCGGUGGCCAAAGGACAAAGUGCUGCAAAUUCGCCUUGAGUAUAUAGUCCAUGCAGUGGAGAAAAAUGAAUGGCCCAUUGCUCGUCUGGGCUUUGUGCCUGCAUCUGGACAACUCCCAGCAACUCCCGUGGAGUCCCCGUCAUCCCCCGUGGCCUCUGCAGCUUCGAGUACGGAGCUUACCCCUCAUGCUACCCCUGAACACACACCUGUGUGUAGGGAGCAGCAUAUUCCACCACCACCGCUCUUACAGGAUAUGGUACCCCACUUGCCAUCCGCCACAGUAGCUGCAUCCAUAGUGGCAGCGGCAUCUGCUGUGACACCUUCCACAGCAACUGAACUGUCUGCUGGCAUGGUUCCUGGCGGAAGCUGCAGUCCUAUUCCUUCUGUUGCGAAUGAAGAUCUGCUCAGAGGUACAAGGCGAAGAAGAAGGAGACGAAGGUUCGAAAUUGAAGCUGAGAGAGCCAAGUUACGAGCACUCCUGUCCCAUAACUUGCAACAGCAGCAACUGAAGCAACUCCAGCAGUUUUUGGCACCACCACCACCUCCGACAACUACAGCUGUUGCAAGUCUACCAGGCAUAGCAACCACCACAUCCACCACUACUGCCAUUAGCCUUUUAACUCCUACCACCUCAACGCCUUCCACGCCCGCACCCUUGUCUGCCCAUCGAGAAGAACGCCCUGCCCAAUCUCCGUCCCCAUCUGCACCCCCUCCACCAGCACACCAGCAAGGACCUCCAUCUCGUCCACCAAGCUCUGUAGGAAUGCUAGACUUGCGAGUGAAAGGCUCGACACCUCCACCCGCUGCAAAGGUAGCUGCUUCAUCGGAAGAGCCACCCAUGGACCUGAGCUCUGCUGGGUCAUCGCGGUCAUCUCUGCUGAAUGGAGCACUAGGAAGUAGUACAGGACGAGUUGGUCGUGGUGGCAGGGGCCGCCGGUCAGGAGGAAGCCGUAUUGAUGCGUUGGCACUGAACCUGCAAGCGCGGAAGCAGAAGCAGCUCAGAGAAGAACACAGAUCGAGUGCUGAUGAACGCGAGGACUCAGAUGCAUCUUCAACAGCUUCAGUGUCUGCAUCUUCGGCACCCUCUUCUGCAGCGCACGUGCCCCCGCCAAUGCCACUACCUAUGGUUGGAGGCAAGCUUCAUGUGGAUGAGAAAGAAUUAGAAAGGCUGCUUGCCAGGAAGAGCCGCCACGAGGAGCCCCCUAAAUCUCACAAAAGCCACUCUGUUCCUCUGUCCUUGUCUUCUAUGCUGUCGGCUGGCAUUUUGCCUCAUGGCACUGAUGUUCCCACCAGUAGUCGCCAGGCCAGAGAUGUGUCCAACUUAAGCAGCGUAGCAACGAGCCUCCCAGGUGCAAACAAAACAGUGGACGCUCGCAGUGGCUCUUCUUCCUCUGCACUUCACUGCAGCAGCAGCAGCAGUAGUGGUAUUGGUGGCAUAGGCGAGCAAGCAGCAGCCAUGCAGCAGGACCUUAAGAGGUGGCUCGAUGAUCAUCCUGAAUUGGUGACCAGUCACCCUGGCCUUGCUGCCGCUGCCAUGGCCUUUUCACCAAUACCCAACUUAUCAAGCCAUCAGCUGGAGUUACUCGAAUUGCCCGAGUCAAGGCGAAGGGGCAGGAGACCUCGACUGGACCCCACCAAGCUGGAUCCGCAUCGCCUCACGGGAGAUGAGAAUGUCUCCGUGAUCAAUAGGCUCACCGGGAAGAAGAUCACGGGAAGCAAAGCACCUCCUCUGAAGCACCUUGCCGAGUGGCUGGAAAAGAACCCCAUGUUUGAUGUGGAUCCGAAGUGGUCACAGCUCGUCAAGGAGAGGAGGUGGCUGCAGCAUUCCAAACAAAGUGAAGAGGCAAAAAACCAAAUGUCUCACUUGAACGCCUCUCCAAGGCGCAAACGUGGUCAUCUCCCGGAAACCCUAAAGGAACGCGCGACAACCCCUGACAGUAAGCGCAGCAGGAGGACUGCAGCAUCCCUCUUGUCGAGCUUGCAUCAGUCUGGGCUCGCGGGGGCUUCAUCCUCCUCCACUUCCGGGGCAGCGGCAAACCUCGGGUUUCCCUCCACCUCCGCCCUGAAUCCUCUGAGCUUCACCAGCGGCAUGCUGGGCAACUUUCCAGGACUGAAAUUUUUUAUGGACCCUACUAAGUCGGCUACUACCACAUCAUCUCAGUCUUCAUCGAGCACUACUUCGCCCCUUUUCCUGCCAUUUGGGGGCCUUGCAGGCAUGGGCCUCACCAAUCCUCUCUUUGGAUUUCCUGGGCUAGGAUUCCAGGGCCUGCAGCAGGGCCCCUUUGAUGAUGGCAAGGAUGGGAAAGCCAAAGAUGGUGACAGGUCGACAUCUCUUCCAAAAAGCGAGCGCCAUGGCAAGGUUCCUACAACAACAACCUCACUUCCAACAUCAUCAGCUAACCUUGCUUCAACUUCGUUCCCUUUCCUUUAUCCAUCUGGCCUUCUGUACAAUCCUCUAGGGUUGGGGGGCUUCUCUCUCCCUACGAAUAUGUCUGCAUCCUUUGCUUCUCUUGCACAAGCUGGACUUGUAAAUGGGUUGGGAGGCCUAGGGGGAACUCCCACUACAGGGGCAUCAUCUGCCAAAGGGGCCUCCCUGUCAAGCUUGAGUAGUCGGCGAGGUCCCUCGGUCACUUCAGCUCUCAGUGGAGUGCGGAGCAGUGUACUUCCGCCACCAAUGACUUCAACAGCAGUCGCACAACCAGCAAGGAAGUUACCUGUCUCAAGCAUGCCAUCGUCAGCUCCUAUCCCACCACCUUCAUUGGACUCUGAUGAUGAGAGCCUCAUGGGAAAUGACCUAGAUGAUUUAGAUGAUCUGGAUGAUGGAAAAGUGACCGAUGACAAAGACAACACUGAAGAUGAACUCGAUGAAUCGCCAUCUAAGACAGCUGACGUUAAAAAGGUGCCAGCAGAGCCAGCGAAAACUGAAGCAAGUACAGUGACUGAAGCUAAAGGAAGUGACACAAAAAAAGCUUCAGCUGAAAUGGCAGAAGAGAGAAUUUUGUCAUAGCCACGGGGCACCUCGCACUAGUGAUGGAAAGGCCUAGCACGUAGCAGGCUUCCCACCUGUCGCUCUUUCUCAGCAUUUUGUUUCCCUUUGAGUUUCCCGAAGGACAGACUACGCUGGUGGUCAUUAUCAUUUUAGUUUUUACUCGUGCAGUAAUUUCCCCCCCCCCCCUUUUGUACAUGAUGUACUCUGUAGGAGGUAUGUUUUUAUACUCUGCAUUAUUUAUCAUAUCUGUGUUCAACUCUUGUGUGUAGUGUAACAAAAGGUCAUUUUUGUUGAACUCCCUUCUCUAAGGUACGUUUCAGAGCUGGUUUCCCCAUACCCUCCCCUUUUUUUAUUUAUUUAUUACCACAUCGUUAGCCUCAUCUCUACGGGUUAUGAAUCAUGCAAACCAGCGAUUAAGAUCUUCUGCCUCUCUGCAUAUUUCCUUGAUAUUUGAAAUCAUGUUACAUGAGUAUUUUAAAGAGUCUGUAAAAGUGUUUAAUGACGUUAGGGCAGUCUGUUGGGACACGUCGAGCGCUCACUUUCCGUACCAUGUUGUGUGAAUUCAGUUGGAGUAGGCUUCCUUGUGGGUGAAACAUUCCUGGAGGCACUUGAGGAUAUUCUUCCAUGUGCUGAGCUACUGCUCUGUCUGGUGCAUCUCUUCUGAAAGCUUAGGAGUGCUCAGCUGUGCGUCCCCCAACAAAGAUGACAGUGGCAGGGAACUUGUAAAUAAUCUGUUUUUCUUCUCCUUUACCGCUCUCAGGUGCAAGUAUAUUGAAGACUGAAAGCACACGGAGGUUUUUGUCGCAGCUAAAAUAUUUCUCAUGACACAUGGAAGCAGGCGUGCUUUUUGCUUAGCUUGUCUUUUCGUUCUUUUUUUUUUUUCUUUUUUUUUUUUUUAGGAUCUUCUAAUUCUUCUUUUGUUUUGUAUUUCACAUUUAGUCAGUGGCUCCUACCCUUUGCCAGACAGCUGAACUGUAGAUAACUGUGCAGUCACUGAUGUGCACACAACAGAUUUAACCUGCAAAGCAACAUUGACAGUGACAGUCGUGUUUGACAACGUUCGGGGUUUCGAAACAUCGAAGGUGGGCGAACAAGACACUAACAAAUCGUGGCACAAUGCUAAGAGUGUUUUUAAGACAAUGUAUAGAAUUGAUGCUGUUGUGUACAGAGGUUCCUUCCCUCUUCAAAGCGUUCCAUUAAAGGCUGAGGGUAGAUCUGCCUCCACAGAGAUCGGAGUCAAGUGCAUAGUUUAGCCCUUGCAUGCUGCAGUCGAAUGAGCUGUGCAACUGCAUGAGUGGAGCUCUUUCCAUUCUGUGUUGACAUAAUUUCUUUUGAUUUCACAGAAUUUUUGCUGUACAGUUAAUGAAGGUUGCGUAAUGGUUCAAUGUUUGCGACGUCCUGUUUUUGUUUGUUUGCACCAUUGUGUUCCCACAUUUGAUUUUGGUAUUACGCUCACAUUAAUAUGCCGUGUACCUUUUAUUCUUCAAGUCUCUAUUAUCUAGUGCCUUCUCCUGUACCUUUUUUUGCUGUAUUUGGUAGGCUUUUUUUCUCAAAGCUAUCAUUUUUAUCCCUGUAUCUGUCCCAGAUUCCUUGUGGAAUGAUAUGCAAUGUUACAUGUUAAGUCAAUUGUGUCCAUUUUUCUUGUGUAAAAUGUACAUCUUAUUUAUUUACUCCUCUCUAUCCUGGUAUUUCUUGCUUUUCCCCUUUUGUUAGCAUCAAAUCACGUAUGUUGCACUGUAUUGUACCAUACUUAUUGAUGUGGUUUGCUCGAAGCCAUGCGUAUGAGAGGCAUGAUAAAAGGUCUCUGACUGCAAUCUUUGUGUUUUCCUUUACAUUUAGCAGUAGCUAUCUCAGAAGGCGGGCACCGAGAAAUUUACAUGAGUCGUGCCUUCUGUGUCAAAAAUCCUGUACAUGAAAUGCCGUUCAAAACAAGCUGUGUUGGACAUUUUCCAACGCUAAACCACGUCAUAGUGAAUGAGUGAUGCAACCUUUCGUAUAGUCUUUGUACAAGUGUAUCAAAUGGAAAUGUUGAAAGUGAAGAUGAAAUGAAAAUAAAGUUGUCUCGUGCUUCA